AUGGAAGCCUUCUGGGGUUUAGUUAGCUUGUUUCAGAGCACAGCCAUGGGGGAUGCAGCACCAGCAGGGCAGCCUGAGCCCAGGGCUUCUCGCUGCCAGCUCUUCGAUUCCAGCAUGAGGAGUGAGGCCAGGAGGCUCAGGACUUUCCAGCAGUGGCCCCACACUGCCCCUGUGUCUGCCCGGGACCUGGUGGAGGCUGGAUUCUUCUAUGUUGGCCCCAGGGAUGAAGUGCAGUGUUUCUGCUGUGGUGGUGUCCUGAAGGAUUGGAGACCUGGUGAUUGCCCCAUAAUAGAGCACCUGAAUUUCUUCCCUUCCUGCAAAUACCUCUGUGGUGAGGAUGUUCGGAACCAGGAGAUGCUGUCCCUGCAGGACAUCUUUGACACUGUGGAUGGGCAGUUCCUGAGUGCCUUGCAGGGGAUAGUCAGUGAGGAGACAGCCCUGCCCGACGAGCCGGAGUACCCUGAGAUGGUGACAGAGGAGAUGAGACUGUCUACGUUUGAGAACUGGCCACAACAUUCCAGCAUGCGUCCAGAGCAACUGGCUAGAGCGGGGUUCUUUUACACAGGACGAGGCGAUGUGGUGAGGUGUUUUUACUGUGAUGGAGGUGUGAGGAGCUGGUCCUUUGGAGAUGAUCCUUGGAGGGAACAUGCCAAAUGGUACCCAGAGUGUGAAUUUUUACUGCACUCAAGGGGGAGAGAGUUUGUUAGCAGUGUCCAGGCGACCUUUUCUACCACCCUGCUGGCUCCAAGACAUUCCUGGGAUCAGACUGAGCAAGAGCCUUCUUCCCAAGAUCCUCUGAGGGAUUGGAAAUUGCGGGCUCAUCCUUCUGAGGAACAGAGUCUCAUAGUGCAGAAUGUCCUGCAGAUGGGCUUUGACCCUACCUGGGUGGCAAACCUGGUAGAGAAUAAAUUUGCACUGACUGGGACUUUCUACCUGUCCGAGUCUGAGCUGGUUUCAGACCUGCUGCAGUCAGGCUGGGGGGCAAGCAGCAGUGCAGGAGGAAGCAGAGGUGCUGUUCAGAGAGAGACUGGAACCUCAAGACAAGAAAUGCGACCUGUGCAGCAAAAGGAAUCAGAUGGGUCUCAGCUGAGCACAGAAGAACAGCUCCGCCGCCUGCAAGAGGAGAGGAUGUGCAAAGUGUGCAUGGACAAAGAUGUGUCUGUUGUGUUUGUCCCCUGUGGCCACCUGGUAGCUUGUGCAGAAUGUGCCCUCAAUUUGAGGCUGUGUCCCAUCUGCAGGGCUGUCAUCCAGGGCAGUGUGAGAGCUUUCAUGUCCUGAGCCAUGAUGCACCCAAGGGGAAAGACAAGUCUAUAUAACUCAUUCAUAACUCUGCAGAGGGAGA